GAAGACAUCUGAGGUGGGCGUUUCGAAUUUUUCAGGAUGGAGUCCACUCCAGUUUGGGCACCAUUUUUGGGUUUAAUUGGAUGUAGUUCGGCGAUGAUAUUAUGCGCACUUGGCGCUGGUUACGGCACUGCCAUUUCCGGUAUGAGCAUUUCAUGCAUUGCAGUAUCCCGUCCUGAUAUCGUCAUGAAGACCAUAAUACCAGUUGUAAUGGCAGGGAUAAUUGCAAUAUAUGGUCUUGUCGUCUCUGUAUUAAUUGCUCAAAGAAUAGACGACAGUUACACCUUAUUCAUGUCAAUUAAUGAUCUUGGUGCUGGUUUAAGCGUGGGAUUCAGUGGACUGGCUGCUGGCUACGCGAUUGGGAAAGUUGGUGACGCCGGUGUGCGAGCAACCUCCAAGCAACCAAGAAUGUUUGUUGGAAUGGUUCUUAUUUUAAUCUUUGCGGAGGUACUUGGACUCUAUGGACUGAUAGUUGCUCUUAUUAUGUCGACAAAGUGA